AUGGUUCAAAUGCUACUUCACUGUUACGUUGAAAUCCGUGAAAAAUCCGAAGGCGCGCAGUUUAUGUUUUGUAAACAUCGUGAUUGUGGAAAAACAUCGUGUUUAAUUUGUCUUCGCGAUUGUCCAACGUUUGAACAGGGUUAUGAAGUUAAUGAAUACGAAGAAUAUGAAGAUAACAUAGACGAAAUGGAGCAUCAUUUUAUCUGUGCGACACUCAAAAAUGAAAAGCAAAUUUUUGAUACUGCGAUGGAAAAAGGUCAGAAAGUUGCUUGUCCAGGCUGUGGUCUAGCUGGAAUGAAAGACGAUGCCUGUACACACAUGACCUGUCCAAAUUGUCAAACGUCAUGGUGUUAUUUUUGCGGCCUAAAAGAGCAAGAAUGUGAUAAAGCAUUACCUAUCGACGAAAAAGAAAUAACAAUCAGUGAUCAUAAUGUCGAUUGGGAAAGAAAUCCUAAGCGUUGUCCCAUGUAUUUGACAGUCAUUCAGGAUGUCGAUCUAUCAUGGCCAGAAAAUGAAGACGAAUGUUUAGAGUAUUUCCAUCGAAAUCGUUCGUUACGUUUGCUACGAGAAACCUAUGAAACACUGGGUGAAGAAAAAUUUCGUCAACUCAAUAAACAAUUUGGUAUCAUUGGUACAUGUGGUUUUUCAAUGCAUGAUAUCAAAUAUGCAGAUUUAACGUUGAUCGAUUAUGAUAGUGACAGUCAAGGAGGCGAAGAAGAUCUGUUUGAUGAAGAAACAGAAAAAGAAAUAAUAACCGAUGACGAUGACGAAAUUGUCAAAACAGCUAACAGUGAUGAAGAGAAGGAGAUGUCUCCGGCGAAAAAAAUGCGUGAAUCAUCACCAGAAACGGCAACACAAACUACUUUAAGCGCUGAAGCUUAUGCGAUGUAUCCAUGA